AACAGCUAUUUAUUCUGGAAAUCCUGGAAUACUGAAUCUGUAAACUGAAAAGUCACCAUUGCAUGUUCUUUGAAUUAGCGAUUUCUAAUCGUGCCUAAAAAUGCUCACGUGGACAUUUAAAUUUUAUAUUUAUGCUUUCACAUUCUGGUGAAACAUAAGACAACUAAAUUUUGGAAUUUUAUCUGUUAUGGCGGUACUUUUGUAUCGAAUAAUGAAACUUUAUCAGAGGGGAAACUAGAAAUACAUGUGACUAUAAAUAGGUGCUAAUAUGUUGGAUAAAUUCAGUGAUAAGAUUUUAAUAUCAGCGUGCAUUAUAAUCAUGUAUAUAUAACUGGGUUUGGUAAUGGGACUGUGAUCUUCAACUUGGAUUAUGUAUUUUAUCAGCCUAUGGUUUGUGUAAGAAAGAUUUCUUACCAGUUUGAAUCAUCAGCGACGUUGUGAAGCUUAACUACAUGUAGAUUUGUUGAGAGAAGAAAGAACUCCUUUAUCAAAUAUCAUUGAUAUGAGCACCUAGCGUUUGAAGUUCGCGUUUAUUUUAGUCGAUAACAUAGAUGUUUUUCCUACGGAAAAGGAAACUGGAGAUAGUUAGAUACGCCUAUCAUUUGCUAUAGGCACUACGGGACGAAAUCGCUGCUUGAAUUGCCAGAGUAACGUUAGAUGAAACAAAUGACCACAUUCUACGUGUUAUAUACCUUAAUAGGGUUAGGUAACGAAGUUGGUCAGACCACAGGAAACAGUAAACACUCUACUGAUUAUGGAAUAUGUGAUUAAUUUUUGAAGUCAGAAAGGAAAAGUAAUUUUUAUAAAUAUACAGCACGAGUUUGUUGUUGCGUCAAAGAAAUAUAUAACAGUGAAAAAUACACAAAAAGAAUGCCAAGUGUUAUGCUAUGGCUAAUGUUGCUAAUGAAUUGAGACUGUUUACAACUACAUACAAUACCUAUAUGUGGUUCCAAAUUAGUCACUCCACUGAAAACAGUCAACACGCAAUUUGAUAUCAGGUGAAUAUUAUGUGGAAUAUGUGAAGUGCAGAAAUUACGUCUUUAGAAGAGAAAAGCAACAAUCAGCUUUUAAGUAAUUGUUGUUGUAAACAAAACACUAUUUAGUAUUUCGUCAAAGAAAUUAACAAACACUGAAAGAAUCGGGAGAAAAAUACACAGAAACAGGUGUACGUGAAGUAUUGUGUUAUGGUCAUGCUACUAAUUACAGUUGUAUGCAGGUUGAGACUGUUCCAAGUCAUGCCGUAGUGAACAGGAUACUGUAAACAGUGAACAUAAUUGUUGAUAUAUAUAUGUGUGUAUGUGUUGUGUGGAUUAAUGGAUUAAAAUGCCGACUUUUUCUUUCGUUUGUGCUGAAAUGCAUCAUCACGUAAGAUGAACAGUAGCUAAUACAGUAACUAUUUAGGCGUUUUAUUGUGCUUAAUUGGUAAAUAUAUCUGAUAGAGCCACUGUGUAAAAGGAAGUUGAGGAAAAAUGACAGUAAUACUGGAGCCUAACAUCAGAAGCAAUGCAAAGAUCUACAUUGUGCUUGUUACACUAGUAGUAGGGGGUACAAGAGCAGAGAAAGUCAUUGUGGGCUCAGUAAAGAAUACAGUAUUAUUUAAUUUAACCAAUACUAUGUUGAGGAGAGAGACAGAGCGAAACUAUACGAAUCUAUUGGAAGAAGCUGCGGUAUGUAUCGACACAAUUUUUCAUUAAUAAGCCUGUCGUUGAACGAGUUACAUACCAGAAAAAAAGAAAAUAAAAAGUAAAUAAAACUCAUAAAAUAAGCUGUUGAUUAGAACAGUUUAAAUCAAUCGAAAAACUAUAUUUCUCAUCGAUGUUCAUUGACGGAAAAACAAGUUGUUUAAACGUACUGCACAAUCAGUUGUGAGUUCUCCAGCAGUAUUGGAAGUUAUUAAGCUACUGUUCAGUAUAAGAGGAAAUUCAUCAACUUUUCUGUGAACUGGGUGUUAAACAGCGUUCCAGGUGUUAUCAAUUAAAUAUGAUAAUAUUUAACUUAAAAAAUCUCGAAAAAGGAGAGACCACUAGAAAUGGAGUAAUACUUAACGUGAAAUAAAUAGCAUCAUGUUCGAUUUAUUGGAAAAGGCUUCAUGUUAUUUCGAACUGAGGAAUUAUUUCACAACGCUGCUUUUAGCGGUAACGUUUGUCCGAGCUUACGGCGAAAUAACAGACCAUAGAUAUGCGGAGAGACACCGCACGCCUGCUCCAGAUUUCCUACACACUCCGUCCAAUGUCACCUUCCAUAGAGGAGAGCUGGCUGUACUGCGGUGUAGUGUCUAUAACCUCGGAACCAAAACAAUUGUAUGGAGAAGGACUGAUAGCUCAUUCCCUUUGACAUCUGGGACAAUGGUUGUUGUAGCAGACGACAGACUUCAAAUAGGUCACGUGCAAUAUAAAAACCAAUGGGACCUCAUGAUUAAAAAUGUCCAACCAGAGGACGCUGGUAUAUAUGAAUGCCAGGUUGCUUCCAGAGACAAAACUGUCCGAAGACUAGUACAACUAUCAGUAAUUGCAGAUCCAGAGUCUGACAUUCCGGAAAUUAAAAUCUCUGAGGAGCAAUACGUGGAGAGGGGCGAUCCUAUUGUUCUGCAGUGCAACGCCACAGGGGAGUACUACCCUCCAGAUGAAAUGGACUGGUUCAGAAACGGACAAAAAGUGGAUUCUAGUAGAAAAUCUGGAAUAAGAAUAUUAAAACAGUUGUCAAUAUUAAAACGAACGUUUUCAAGUAAUUUAAAAAUAGACAGAGCUAAAAUGACGGACGGCGGGACAUACGUUUGCCGUACCUCUAGUAUGCAAAUAGCAAGUACCAAAGUUCACGUUUUAAACGGUAAGGAUAAAGCCGAGACGUAUAACAGAAAAAGAGGUACGUUAAAGGACGAUGGUGAACAGAAGUCUGGCCUGAUGUCCGCCUUGCCUUCAUCCGGGUACAUAGUGUCUUGUUCAUGCUGCUAUCUUACAUUUCUUUCUGUAACGUUAUAUUUAUUACAUGUAUAUGUAUUGUAAAUGGCGACACUUGUGUAAAUAGUGCUAAAGUGUUCGAGUAUCAAAAGACGUCGUCUAUAACACACAGUGUGAGUAAAGUAAAGUAAAGGUACUUCUUCGAGCAGUGGAUUUAGAUAGUGAUGGUUUGUGAUAAAAAAUGGAUUUGAUUCGAAAUAGACACAGGGUGGAAAAAAGAAAGGUCCAUUUAAAAACUGUAGUGAAAGAAUGAAGGAGAAGACAUGACGAGAAUACUGGGAUUUGGUGGAGAAAUAUUGCUAAAGAUUUAGUUCUUCAAGUUUAUUUCAAUGAUGAAAGUUUACCAUUUAUACCCAGGAAAAUGUAUUAAUGUAUUUUCAUACAUUUGUGGAUUAUAUUUCAUCAUUUUAUAUCAGCCAUGAUUCAUUUCUUCCUCACCUGAGCACAAAGUGCCCGGGGUGAGCUAUUGUGAUCGCUCACCAUCCGGCGGCCGACCGUCCGUCCGUCCGUCCACACUUUCCUUUUAACAACAUCUCCUCUGAAACCAUUUGCUGGAAGUUAAUGAAACUUGGCCUGGAUGUUCCUUGGGUGGUCUCCUUCAAAAAUUGUUCAAAUAAUUGAAUUCCGCACAGAAUUCUGGUUGCCAUGGCAACCGAAACGAAAAACUUAAAAAAUUUUCUUGUCCAAAACCACAAGGCUUAGAGCCUUGAUAUUUGGCAUGUGACAUCAUCUAAUGGUUCUCUGUAAAGAUUGUUCAAAUUAUGCCCGAGGUGAAAAGAGGCCCCGUCCCGGGGGUCCCAAGUUUUACACAGACUUAUAUAGGAAAAAAACUUUAAAAAUCUUCUUGUCUGAAACCACAAGACCUAGGCCUUUGAUAUUUGGUAUGUAUCAUUGCCUUGUGGUCCUCUACCAAAAUAUCCAAAAGAGGCCCCGCCCCAGGGGUCCCAAGUUUUACAUAGAUUUAUAUAGCAUUUUUUUUUUUAAAUCUUCUUGUCGGAAACCACAAGACCUAGGCUUUUGAUAUUUGGUAUGUUGCAUUGCCUAGUGGUCCUCUACCAAAAAUAUUCAAAUUAUGGCCCUAGGGUGAAAAGAGGCCCUGCCCUUGGGGUCCCAAAUUUUACAUAGACUUAUAUAGGAAAGAACUUUAAAAAUCUUCUUCUCUGAAAGUUCAAGGUUUGUUAUUUGGUAUGUAGCAUUGCCUUGUGAUUCUCUUAACAAGAUUGUUCAAAUUAUGCCCCUGGGGUGAAAAGAGGCCCUGCCCUGGGGGACACUUGUAUAAUAAAUAGAAAAAAUACUUAAAAAAUAUCUGAAAAUAUUUGCUAGACUGUUUAAUUUUAAUUACCUAUAAAUGACCCCCAAGUAAUUGGGGGUCACUUGAUUGUGACCUUGACCUACUAACCUACAUUCUUGUUUUUUAAGGUACAGCCUUAAAAUUUGGAUGACAUAUACAGUUUUGCACACCGAUCUUAACACUGACUUUCAGUUACCAUGAGUGUGACCUACUUUCUAAUAUUUUAGCAUCAGUUUGACAUUUGAAAUAUGUAGCUCAUAUUACUCAGGUGAGCGAUCCAGGGUCAUCAUGACCAUCUUGUUUAAUUCAUAAUGUAUUAUCCAUUUUCAUAUAAAACGUACAUAAGUAUGAAUGUAACUUAAAUAUUUAAUUUCCACUUGUUCAUCAUAAUGAAGACUACCUUGAUGGAUUGCUUCAUUGAACUGUCAUUGACAUAUUUAUAUAAUUGUGCCCAUAUUUAUGAAUAUACAUAUCAAGCCUCUUGCACUAACUGCAAGUCAACAGUUGUCGUCUUGUAAAGAAUUCUGUAACAAUAGGCCAUCUAUAGAUCACUCACCUUGCCUAAUUCUUAUAAACAAGAUAAUCCCUAGUAUCUAAUUUGACAUAGAUCUAAUUAAAACAAGAGGCCAAAGUUUUAUGACGAUCAGUCAAGUGGUUCAUGCAAAGAAGUCAUUUAAAGGUUUUUUUCUAUUUUUAGCUUUAGCAGCCCCUAAAAGGGGCCCAAGUGCCCCCAUUUGAAAUAAAGUUUGGAAAGGACCUUAUAAUGUUGCUAAAGACCAAUUCUGAUGAAGAUUCAUUGAGCAGUUCAUGAGAAGAAAUUGAUAAAAGGUAUUUUAUCAUUAUCCCAAGCAGCCCCUAAAAGGGGCCGACUGUCCCUAUUGAACAAAUUUGAGAGAGGACUUAUAAUGAUGCUACAGACUAAAUUUGAUGAAGAUCCAUCUAGCGGUUCAUGAGUAGUUGUUUAAAGGUUUUUCUAUUUUUAGCUCUGGCAGCCCCUAAAAAGAGGCCAAGGUGAUCCAUUGCAAAAACUUGAUAGAGGUCCAUGCCAGUGUGCUACUUACUAAAUUAAGUGUAAUUCUGACCUGUAGUUUCAGAUGAGAAGACCUAUAAUAAUAGCUCAUCCUGAACAAAUUUCAAGUGAUCUAACAAACAUCGAUAACAGACCACUUCCUGAGUGUUUACAACCUUUUUCUAUUUGCCCUGGUCACUUAGUUUUUAGAUAACCCUGUUUCAGACUUUACAUUGAAUUCAUACGGGUAAAUACUCUGACAAAGUUUUAUGAAGAGUGGGUACAAUAUGUGACCUCUAGAGUGUUAACAAUGUUUUAUUUUCCCAAUCAUCAUCCCCGCCGACGGCAGACGGAUAUAGUUUUGGCGUCGUGCGUUCGGCCGUCUUUCCGUCCGGAGACAUAUCUACGAAGUGGUUGGGAAUAUUUAAAUAAAACUUCAUAUACAUGUUCAACACUAUAGGGAAAUGCGGUCUGUCAAGUUUCAGUCAGAUAGUAGUUUCUAGUGUUAACUAUAUAGGGUACUAUAAUAAAUGGCAAUUUCUGCUUCAUAACUAGUGACAUAUUUUACCUAGAACUAUGAAACUUGAAUUAAAUUUAGAUCACCACAAUGUGGAAGUGCACACUCAAUUUCGUCAGAAUCUCUGUUGUAACUUCAAAGUUGUUGCCCUUUAAUUGUUUAAAAAUCCACAUAUUUGUAUAUAAACUAACCAAUUGGUAGAAUUUCAUUAAACUUUUUUCAUUUUUUUCCAUGAACAUUUAUUAUCCACAUGUGAAGUCGUGUACCCACACCUGGUCACCCCCACUGCCCUGGUCGCAUUCCAUCCCCCUCCCCUCACCCCUACCCUACAAAUUUCUUUUUCUUCAUUUUUUCAUGUUUUGUUUUUAAUCUUACACCUGCCAUGAAUAUUUAUCAACAUGCAAAGUUGUACCCUCCCCCCACCUCGCUACUCCACCCAGUAACCCCCACCACCCCGAUCAUGCACCCCGCUCCAACAACUUUUUUUUUCAUUUUAUUUCUUAUUUUCCAUCAAUAUUUAUUAUCAACAUGUGAAGCUUUGUAUCCAAGAAAAAAAAAUUAUUCCUUUUUUUAAUUUUUCAAACCUUCCAUAAAUAUUUAUCAACAUGUGUAGCCCCACCCCUGUCACCACCCACAUUUCAGAUUUCUUACUUGAUUGUGCUGUUUAAAGGACUUCGGUUCUUUUAAGUUCAAAUGUAAUGAAAUUGUUUGCUUCUCAGUAACAUUCCUAACUUUUUGCCGGAUAUAUUCCUUUGCGAUUCCUCAACACAAACCCAUUAGGCGGGGGAUACCAAUUCAUCGAAUAUGCUUGUUUAUCUUGUGACCUGGUUUAAUAUCUCAGGUAACCAAGUUUUAAACUUGAACAAGAUUUCAUACAACAAACAUUUUGGCCAUUGGGAUGUUUACAAGGUUUUUCUAGAAUUGUUUAGUGGAGUAACCCAGUUUUGAAACUGACCUAGACUCCGAGACAAAAUUCUUUAAAAGAUUUCUACUUAUCAGGUAAAAUGUGGCCUCUUAACUUGACCAAGAUUUCAUACAACAAAUACUUUGACCAUGUUUUAUAGAGAGCGAGAAGAAAAUAUGGCCUGUAAAAUGUUUCGAAGCUUUUUUUUCUAGGAUUGUUCAAGUGGGGUAACCCAGUUUUGAACCUGACCAAGACUUCAUCAAGACAAACAUUCUUAAAAGAUUUAUGGUGAGGUAAAAUGUGGCUACUAGACUGACCCAAGAUUUCAUACAACAAAUAUUUUUACCAUGUUUUAUGAAAAUCAUUAAGAAAAUGUGGCCAACAGAAUGUUCAUAAGAUUUUAUUGUUUCAGUGACAAAAUUAAGACCUCAAGUUACCUAGUUUUGAAACUGACAACAAACUUUUUGUGUCCCCCAUGAAUGGUGGGGGCAUAUAGAUUUGGUCUUGUCCGUGCAUCCGUCCAUCCAAAGUUUAUGACGCGCCUAGUUCAAAAAGUAUUUGAUAUAGAUUGGUGAAACCUUGCAAGAGUCUUAAUCAUGAUAUGAACUUGCGCACCUCCUAUUUUUCAUCUGGCUCCGCCUCCUAUUUCUAGAGUUAUAGUCCCUGAAAUAGUCAAAAAUGCACACUUUCACCUUGUGACGCGCCUAGCUCAAAAAGUAUUUGAUAUAAAUUGAUGAAAACUUGCAUGAGUCUUUAUCAUGAUAUAAACUUGCGCACCUCCUAUUUUUCGUCUGGCUUCAUCCCCUAUUUUUAAAGUUUUGGCCCCUGAAAUAGUCAAAAAUGCACAUUUUCAUCUAAUGACGUGCCUAGCUCAGAAAGUAUUCGAUGUAAAUUCAUAAACCUUGCAUGAGUCGUUAUCAUGAUGUGACCUUGCACACUUGGCAUUCUUUUUGAGAAUCUUAGCGCUUAUUACAUAGUUCUGGCCCUUGAAAUAGCCAAAAUAGCGGAUUGUUUGUUCUCAUAGCUCAAAAAGUAUAUGUUGGUUGAGGCUAUACCCCCUUAAGACUGCAAACAUGUAAAUUUUUGCCCCUUAUUUGUGACAAAUGUACCAGUGGGGGCACACCCUGUGUCCUAUAGACACAUUCUAGUUUUUACAAAGUUUUAUAGUCAUCAGGAGGUAAGAUGUAAACUGUAAACAAGGUUUUUCUAAGAUUAAACCUAGUAGCCUAGUUUUGAUACUAGAUCCAAUUCUGAUCUUGUCCAACAUUGGAAACAUUCUGACCAACUUUCAUUUAGAUUGGGUAAGAAAAUCAUUACCUCUUUAGUUUCACUCUUAAUAAAUGUUAAAAUCGACCAACACAAGGGUAUCACAACAGCUGGCUUUGAGCUCUUUGUUCUCAGGUCAGCUAAAAUAUGUUCAAACUAUACGGAUAAUAAUGUGUGUAUCUGAACAUUUACAUAAUGAUUACAUCAUGAUGCCAGUGAUUAUUUACAGCAGGAUGUCAGUGAUUAUUUACAUCAUGAUAUAAGUGAUUAUUUACAUCAUGAUGCCAGUGAUUAUUUACAUCAGGAUGUAAGUGAUUACAUCAUGAUAACAGUGAUUAUUUACAUCAUGAUGCCAGUGAUUAUUUACAUCAGGAUGUCAGUGAUUACAUCAUGAUAUCAGUGAUUAUUUACAUCAUGAUGCAAGUGAUUAUUUACAUCAGGAUGUAAGUGAUUACAUCAUGAUAACAGUUAUUAUUUACAUUAGGAUGCAAGGGAUUGUUUACAUCAGGAUGUAAGUGAUUACAUCAUGAUAUCAGUGAUUAUUUACAUCAUGAUAACAGUUAUUAUUUACAUCAGGAUGCCAGGGAUUGUUUACAUCAUGAUGUCAGGGAUUAUUUACAUCAGGAUGUCAGUGAUUACAUCAUGAUGACAGUGAUUAUUUACAUCAGGAUGUCAGUGAUUAUUUACACCAGGACAUCAGUGAUUAUUUACAUCAGAAUGUCAAUAAUUAUUUACAUCAGGAUUUCAGUGAUUAUUUACAUCAGGAUGCCUGUUAACAGGUGACUGCAGAAUCAAGAUAAUCAAAAAAAAUGCUGAAGAUAAAAACGUUUUUCACAAUAAUUGCAAAAAAUGCAAUAUUAAUGUUGUCUGCAAAUUUCAUAUAUCAAAUACGCCACUGAUUUUUUCUGUCAAAUUAUGAAAUGUAGGUGAAUGUCAUGUUUUAUAUCAAAUACAAAUAAUGCAAAUAAAAUUGUUCAACAUUUUCAAA